AUGUUCAUCCAAACAGAACCAACACCAAACGCCCACUCCCUCAAAUUCAAGCCCGGAGUUCCCGUCCUCUCAGACUCGUCCUCGACACUCGAAUACACUUCCGGACGAGACGCCAAAUCGUCAUCCCCACUCGCAUUCAAGAUCUUCCAGAUCGAUGGUGUUAAAGGUGUAAUGCUGGGACGAGACUUUAUCACCAUAUCAAAGGACGAGGAUACGCCGUGGCAGCUUAUGAAGCCGGAUAUAUAUGCAUCGAUUAUGGAUUUCUUUACCAGUGGGAGACAGGUGCUGGAGGAUGGGUUUGUUGGGGGGCCGAGUGAUACUGAGAUCCUGCCUGAAGAUUCAGAAGUGGUGGCCAUGAUCAAGGAACUUCUGGAUACUCGAAUCAGACCCACCAUUCAAGAUGAUGGCGGAGAUGUAGAAUAUAAGGGGUUUGAUAAUGGGAUUGUGAAGUUGAAGCUUAAGGGGUCGUGUCGUACUUGUGAUUCGAGUGUCGUGACGCUCAAGAAUGGGAUUGAGAAUAUGCUUAUGCAUUAUGUACCAGAGGUGGAAGGGGUGGAGCAAGUUAUGGAUGAAGUGGAUGCUAUAAAUGAUCGUGAAUUCAAGAAGCUUGAAGAGUCGCUUAAGAAUGCUACUGCUUGA